AUGGAUCCCAAUCAGCGUCCCAAGCGACCCGCACCAGACCCACACUUCGAGCGGUUACAUGGCCCUCCCUUGAGCUACGCGCGGUCGAUUCAGUCAAUCCUGCAAAACUACGAUCCACAGCCUGCCCCCACCAUCAUGGAUUUUCCUGCCGAGGCAAGCGGAUUCUCUCAUCCUACAGUGCCAAAUGUUGUCGACUUCACCAAAGGAAAGGCACCUGCUAGAGACAUGCCUCCUCCACCAACCCCGGGCUUGCUGAGCGAUUUUCAGACCCCCUGUGAGGGUACUUGCUCCGUUACCAACUGUGAAUCUGGAUGCAAUCCCUCGGUAGUUGGCUCUGGGACGUGUUCGUUGUCGCAGUGCAACAAUUCAGAUCAAUGCACAAGCGAAGAGUGUUGCAGAGAACCAGCGUGCUUGGACCAUGAAUCCGUACCGACAACUCGACGUGAGUCCAUCGACUUUAGCGCAGAGAAUCAAUAUGCUUCUUCGUCUCAGCAUCAAUUUGCCAGCAGUGGCGCGAUAUUCCCAGCCUAUGACAAUCUACCGGGCUUCGACAACACCAAUCACGACCCAAUGCAGUGCCAUUGGCUGCUUCCCGAUCAAGAGUGCGACAUCACAGCGCCAACCAAGGAUGCUCUCAGCCAACAUGUCUUCCACGACCACAUCCAGCCUGAGACGAGCCUCGCGUGCGGGUGGUCUGACUGUGACGAGCAAAUAGACGCGCAAGAGCUUACAACCCAUCUAUGGAACAGCCACCAUCCCGAACAGCACGUCCCUGAUUCCUAUGUUUGCCUAUGGGAUGGCUGUAUGGAGAUGUUCUCGGAUGCUGAGCAACUGGAGACGCACAUGGAAGUCGCGCAUACUCAGAUGGAGAGCAUUGAUUGCCGUUGGGGAGGAUGCGGCACAAUCACCACAAACUCUGCUGAACUGCAGAGUCAUGUUAACAGGGAGCAUCUCCAUCUCCACAUCCAACCGGCUUUCUCUUCGUCGAACCUGGAAAUGGGCCCAUCGGACCGUCGUACUUCCCUACCAUCCAAGCACCCCCUCUACUGGUCACAAGAGAACGACGAUCUGCUUAUGCGCGUACGUGCUCAAAACCUUACUUUCAAGCAAAUAGCUUCGCAGUAUUUCCCAGACAAGUCCGCCCAGGCCUGCCAAGUACACUAUGCGGUACUAUGGAAUCGGCAACAGCAAUCCGUCCCGCAGUCCACACAGCAGUCCACUCCGUUGUUGUCCUAUUCACCCCUGCCACCUUCUUCAUACGCCACCAGUCCGUACGAGCCUCACCAUCCUUUGGUCGAUCCUCCCUUGAUGCAGACGUCUACGGCUCUUCUUUCGAAACAUUCCACCCAGCUGGUUCUGGACCAUCCUCCAACCCAAGGAAAUCAUGAGUGCAUGUGGAUCACAGAUGAUGCAACCGAAUCACUCUGUGGAGCUCGUUUCGAAAAUCCGAAUGAACUACAAGCUCACGUCGAAUCAUUCCACUAUCCUUUGUCUGACGAUCGCAGGCGCAGGCCCGCCUCUCAUUGGGUUUGUAAAUGGAUGGGGUGCGCACGGAAGGGCGAAACACGCGGAACUAGAGAUAAGCUGAAGAAGCACAUCCACUCUCACACAGGGUACUACUCGUUCUCUUGCCGGCAUUGUGGGAAGAGAUUCCGGGAUAACACCAAACUUGCUGAUCACGAACGCACCCAUACGAAGGAGAAACCUCACAAGUGCGAUGUGUGUGAGAUGGCCUUUGCUAGCCGAGAUGGACUGGCAACUCAUAAUCGUAUUCACACCGGGGAGAAACCUCUGGAGUGUGGAAAGUGUUCUUACACCUGCUCGGACUCGUCCAACAUGACGAAGCACCGCAAAUUCCACAAAUCGUUGAUAUUUUCCGGUCUAUUGGGCAAGACAGAACCUCUAGGCUUGGCUGAGCCAACCACGGAGCUUAUGGGCAAUCUCCGGGACUGCCAAAAGUCCAUCUCCGCUGGCGCAAAGUCCAAAGUCAAAUCCUCCGUCCAGCGUGCCAUCAGAACCAAAGUCUGCGAAACAUACCCUCUUCUCGCGCCUCAUAUCGACGAGAUAAUACCCAAAAAGUCACAGCUAGAUCUACUAAAGCUGCCUGAUAGAGUCUCCCUUUACGCCCUCGACUCCACGCCCCUCUUCUGGCAACACAUGGACGACCCCUUGAUCCCCCACCUUCGAGUCGUGCACCAAUUUCCUCAAUGUUUUAACCGCAUAGGCAUCGACAGAGGGGCAAUUCGUUUCGUAUUAUCAGGCGCAACACUCAUGGCGCCCGGACUGACGAGUACUGGAGGGAAAUUACCUGAUAAGGAGAGAGAGUUGAAGGACGGGGAUGUGGCAGUCAUAGAGGCAGAGGGGAAAGAGGAGGCGUGUUUAGUGGGGCAGUUGAGAAUGGGGACGGAGGAGAUAAGGGACAAGAAGAAGGGGGUUGUCAUGGAUACCGGACACUUUUUGGGGGAUGGGUUGUGGAAGAUUAGCAUUGAUUGA